GCGGGGUGAAUGGAACAAACUGCCGCGUCCUAGCCCGCUGAAUGGGCGGCGGCGAAGCAUGUGUGUGCUGGUUAAGCGUCCGCUGGCCCCGGACCCGAUAGGUGUAUGCCUGUCCCUGACCGAGAGGUGAGGCAGGAGGCUGCAGGGGACCAGCGGCAGAGGACGAGGGGAAGGGCAGCCGAAGAUAGUUUGGGCGUCCCCCUUGGAGGUUGAAGGGCCCCAGCUUCCCGGGGGUCGCCACUCCGCCACCGGCAGCGAUCAUGGCAUCCCUGGUGGACCGAGUGCGGGGCAGAGGGCGCAUCGCCGCCGGGCUCCUGCUCAACCUGCUGGUGUCCAUCUGCAUCGUGUUCCUCAACAAAUGGAUCUAUGUACACCAUGGCUUCCCCAACAUGAGCCUGACCUUGGUGCACUUCGUGGUCACCUGGCUGGGCUUGUAUAUCUGCCAGAAGUUGGACAUCUUUGCCCCCAAAAGUCUGCCGCCCUCCAAGCUUCUUCUCUUGGCCCUCAGCUUCUGUGGCUUUGUGGUCUUCACCAACCUCUCUUUGCAGAACAAUACCAUAGGCACCUAUCAGCUGGCCAAGGCCAUGACCACGCCGGUUAUCAUAGCCAUCCAGACCCUCUACUAUAAGAAAACCUUCUCUACCAGAAUACAGCUCACGCUGAUUCCUAUAACUUUAGGUGUAAUCCUAAAUUCUUAUUACGAUGUGAAGUUUAAUUUCCUUGGAAUGGUGUUUGCUGCUCUUGGUGUUUUAGUUACAUCCCUUUAUCAAGUGUGGGUAGGAGCCAAACAGCAUGAAUUGCAAGUAAACUCAAUGCAGCUGCUGUACUACCAGGCACCUAUGUCAUCUGCCAUGUUGUUGGUGGCUGUGCCCUUGUUUGAGCCAGUGUUUGGGGAAGGAGGAAUAUUUGGUCUCUGGUCUAUUUCUGCCUUGGUUAUGGUGCUGCUGUCUGGAGUGAUAGCUUUCAUGGUGAACUUAUCAAUUUACUGGAUCAUAGGGAACACUUCACCAGUCACAUAUAACAUGUUUGGACACUUCAAGUUCUGCAUUACUUUAUUUGGUGGAUAUGUUUUAUUUAAGGACCCGCUGUCAGUCAACCAGGGUCUUGGCAUUUUAUGUACAUUAUUUGGCAUUCUUGCCUAUACCUAUUUUAAACUCGGUGAACAGGAAGGAAGUAAGAGUAAGUUGGUACAGCGUCCUUAAUUGCAUUUUUGUGGAGGAAAGAAAAAUGCCUCAAGAAGAUAAAAAUUGUCAAAUGUACAGAUUACU